AUGAUGAGUUGUAAACCGGCCGUCAUUCAUGAAGGUGCAUCGCCAGCACCACAAAACGCUGGUGAUGGGAAGCGUAUAAUGCUGGUCGGAGAGUUCUACUAUGGCAAAUUUGAAGGAGAUGGCUAUACACCGGAGAUUGAUAGAGCAACCACUUUUAAAUGCCAUAGCUGCUUGAAAGUGCUAAAGAAUAAUAUUCGGUUUAUGAACCAUAUGAAGCAUCACCUGGAGCUGGAAAAGCAGAAUAGCGAAAGCUUUGAAAGCCAUACAACCUGUCAGCAUUGCUACCGACAGUACUUGACUCCAUUCCAGCUACAGUGUCACAUAGAGGGGGCUCACAGCCAAAUUGACUCAACAACCAAUUGCAAGAUUUGUGAGCUGGCCUUUGAGUCAGAACAAGUUCUUCUGGACCACAUGAAAAAUAAUCACAAACCUGGAGAAAUGCCCUACGAAUGUCAGGUUUGCAAUUUCAGAUCUUCCUUCUUCUCAUAUGUGGAAACGCAUUUUCGAGAAGCACAUGAAAUACAAAAGAUGACCCUUUUGUCUCAAAGUGGUUAA